ACCAAUUUGAGGCUAAACUCUAAAAAAUAUCCAGACAAAUAUCAAAUCUGCCAUGGAACGAGAAUCAUCGGGCCCCCCUCCGACUGCUGUCGUGGAGACAACGCUUAUCUCCUUGAUAUCACUUGGAAUCCGCGUCUCCCAAGGAAUUGGCUACUUCCCUCUGAGCAUUGUCAAAUCCAAGAAUGGCUACAAAUUUGCAUUCAAUCGCUGCAGUUUUCCACUAAUUUGCUCUUUUUCCAUUAUUGCGUGUCAACUCUUCUUGAUAAUCUUGUGGUACUCGUCAUUUGUGGACACAAUGGUCCUCAUGGGCUUGCACCGGUCAACGGAAGUUAUUUCGUUCAUCGUCACCGGAACCUUGAUCGCAUUUCAGACCGUUUUCAAAAGAGUCUCUUUCAUCUUUAAACAUCAACUUGUUAUUAACAGAUGGGGAAAUUUUAUCACCGAUUUGACCAGAAUUUCAUCGAGUGAUAAAGACGGCAACUUUCGCAUCAGUAUCGACCCUUGUGCGAAACAUUGCGAAAUCUUUACUCGCGUCAAGACAUCCGUGAGAAAUACCGUUCUUGGCAGUAUGAUUUUCAUACUUGUCAUGAUGUCACAAAUUGUUGGAGGGUUUUUACUAUUUUCGAUUCCAGCGAAGCGACCCAAUAUUCAAACGGGACUAAAUAUGAUGGGCAUCAUACCAGUCGUUUCGUGGAGUGUGAUGGGAGCCGUCAAUGUUUUUCAGUCCUUGUUUGUUACAUUUCCCAUCCAAGUUGUCAAUGCAUGUUUGGAAAUGAUUGAUACCGAGAUGGGACACGUUUGUGGGAAUGUGGAGGACUGGGAAGAAAAUCUGAUAAUUGCAGAAACCGAAAAAACGGAAACGAUUAUAGAUCCUCAAGCAGUCAAAGUGAGCCCACUAAUUGUCGUGGAUGAAAAGAAGCUGCAUCUCUGCAUAUCAAAUUACCACCUUCUAAUAAAAAUACUGCAGAGAUACAAUGCCUCCUCUGCGAAUCUGAUAACAUUUGAAAUUACGUACAAUUCCAUGUUAAUAUUAACCUACCUCUUCAUCGGAUUUACUUGGAUUUCUACGGGCGAGAUUAAUGCAGCCUUGUCCCGACUGAUUCCACUUGUACUUUGCGUCAAGAUCAUUUAUCAUAUGGGCACUGAAGCUGGAAAAGUGGAAAUUAACCAGAGGAAGAUAUUACGAAAAUUUUGCCAUAUUCCAAGACAAGUUCUGAGUCCGGAAAUGAGAGACAGGGUUUCCUCAAUAAUUCAUGAACUGUCCGGCGAUGCUCUAAAAAUUGAGCCAGAUUCAUUCUUUACGUUAAAUAGACGUCUGAUGACAUCGAUUUUAUCAACCGUUCUAACUUUUCUUGUGGUUUUGAUCCAAUUUCGCGACGGAGAGCGAAGAAAAUCGGAUUAAGCAAGAAAUUAAUACAUUAUGCUGUUCUUGGCUGUACAGAUGCAUUUCAAAGAAGUUCUUUAAUAAAGUCAUAACUAUGUAACGU